AUCCAAAAUGGCUGCGCCCAUGAAAAAAAAAUUGGUUCUUAAAUUUUUAUCUUUUUAUUGCAUUACAAACACAAUGCGUCCCUAACAGAGGACUUAUAUUUUAAGAUUUGAUAGGCUUUAAAUCAUUUAUCGAAACUGAAUAGGAUACGAGACGACAGUAAUGAGAACUGUGUCUUUUGUUGAGAGAUUGGAAUUUGAUUUUCCUGGAAAUCUUUUCAAUCAGGCUUUGGGAGUGGGAGAUGUAGAUAAUGACAAGUGUAAUGAAAUUGUAGCAGGGAACAUGAAUGGAGAACUGAUGGUCUUUAAAGGAAGAGACAGUAAACCUUGGAGGAAAGCAAGUGAUCUUGGAAUGAUCACCUGUAUUGGAGUAGGUGACAUUUGCAAUAAAGGAAAGAACAUGCUGGUUAGCCUGAGUGCAGAGGGAUGGUGCCAUAUAUUUUGUGUGAAGGGUGAUGGUGAGGAAGGCAAUGGAGACAUGGACAGAUGUAUGCAACCAUCCCACAUACAACAUCUGCCAGCCAACAGCAGAGUAAUGAUCAUAGCAGAUGUUGACAAUGACGGGAAGAGUGAGCUUGUGAUUGGUUACUCUGAUCGUGUGGUUCGCUCAUUUCGCUGGUCCACUACAGCCGAUCCUGACAGCUUCCCUCUUGGCAAAUUCAUCCCUGUAGAGAAGUGGCAACUUGCGGCUCAAAUUGGUUCCAUUACAACUAAUACGUUAGCAGAUGGCACUGUUGAUGUGAUGGUGGCGCAACCUGGUGGUACAUUUGUGAGUCUAGUUGGAAGUAAAGAUAUACAUACAGGAGCAGGGCAUAAGGACAAACCACAGUGGGGCCCUAACACAUCAACAGAGGAUCUGGAGGAAGAUAAGAUACAGGGACCUACUCUGGUGUAUCAUCCUCUAGGAGCUGCGAGGGCACGUAACCCAAGUGUUACCACGGAGAUCAUUGGCAACAUAAGCAAGAGUAAGAAGCACGUCAGUGAAGAAGAGAGAGCUUGUUAUUACGCUGUAUGCACACUAGAUGGAACUUUGAGCUUGGUUGAGGAUGACAAGAUUCAGUGGUCUUUUCUUGUUGACCAUCAACUGUUUGGUUUAACAAAGCUUGAUGUAACAGGGGAUGGGACAGAGGAGGUUGUCGUGUGCUCAUGGGAUGGACAAACCUACAUUGUUAAUCAUAGUAAAGAGGUCGCUAGGUUCCAGUUUGAAGAUAACAUAGCAGCUUUCUGUGCAGGUCACUACGCAUUAUCUGAUGAGAAGAAUGUCCCGUGUUUGAUAUAUGUGACAUUUAGUCAACAGAUCCUUGUAUAUUAUAACAUGCAAAUGCCACAUGUAGAAUUGGCGAACCUUAUAGACACCAUGGACCAGAGGGAGGGAAUACCAGAGUUGUUGCAGUGUCUCAGUGUUGACCCAAGCAAUAAGCAACAGUUAAGGCAGCUUUACCACUGGGCACUUUAUGGAGGCGGGCACCAAUCUAAGUCUUGACAUCAAUACAACAACACUUGAAGUAUUGACAUUGUCACAAAUGGAACUGUGUCAAGUUUUGACAUCAUCAAAAGGACAUGACAUUGUGAAUGGAUGACUUUUGAAGUUCCAACAUCAUCAUCAAUGGACACAAAUUGUAAGUCCUGUCAUCGGCAUGGUAUGUGGACUGUUAAUUGGUACUGGUCAUGCCACUAUUCAAACAUAUGAAAUCUUCGCUAAUGGAGCCUAGUGUAGUAUUGACAUCUUGCAGGAAUGUUUGUUAAGUGAUCACGUUCAUAGUGUGGUUAGGACAUGCUGACUGAAUACCAGCAUUAACAUGCAUUGUGACAUCACUGUAGACACCAAAAACUAAGUGAAUGAAUUGAAUUAGUUUGAAUCACUGUUACUUGUUAAAACAAUUGUAUUCCUCUGUACAAACUCCAUCAGGUCAAUGUGACUAAGGGCACGUCCCCCCAGGGCAACUUGUCAAAUAAUUGUGUGAGAAUUUUGUAUGAUGAUAACAUAGCAUUUAACCUACACUCAAAAGCAAUUAUAUCUGUCAUUUUAAUCAUAUUGUAUCUUGGUGAUCCUCUUCAAGUAUGUCAGUGGUAACCCCCUUAUGAAACUGGUGUCAUAUGCAUUUUGAACUAUGAAAGGUACUCACAUAAUAAGUGGUUCAAAGCUUUAAUAAAAAGGAUAUUUAGAGUACCCUACUUUUGAUAUUCAGUUUGUUUUUUGAUGUUUGUAUAUGAGUCUACCCUCGUCAACUUAAGGUACAACAUGAAAGAGAGUUCAAAUGAAACUUUAUAUACAUGUAUGUAUAAUGAUCGGAUGACUCUCAAAUUAAACUUUAUAUGCAUGUAUGUAAAAUGAUCGGAUGAUUCUCAAAUU